CCAGCGCAGAGUCCGAGCGCGGCUGGGGGGAAUUUCUACCCUGUCCCCAUUCUACACCAGAGCCUUAAAGCGGCCGCGCCGCUCUGAGCCCAACCAUGAGCCAACGCUGGAGCGGGGUCAGCAGCCGGGCGGACAUGGUGCCCGAGAUCGCCGCCGCAGUGGGCUUCGUGUCUAGCCUGCUCCGGACCCGGGGCUGCGUCAGCGAGCAUCAGCUGCAGGUCUUCAGCGGGGCUCUGCAGGAGGCGCUCACAGAGCAUUACAAACAUCAUUGGUUUCCCGAGAAACCCUUCAAAGGUUCUGGGUAUCGCUGCAUCCGAAUCAAUCACAAAAUGGACCCCAUUAUCAGCAAAGCAGCUAGCCAGAUUGGACUCAACCUCCAGCAACUCUAUCAGCUUCUGCCCAGUGAGCUCACGCUCUGGGUGGACCCAUAUGAGGUGUCUUACCGGAUCGGUGAAGAUGGCUCCAUCUGUGUUUUGUAUGAAGCAGCAGCGGCAACACCUGUGAGCUCCUAUGGGAUGCUCACCUGUAAAAACCAGAUGAUGUUGGGUCGCACGAGCCCUUCCAAAAACUACAUGAUGACUGUCUCCAGCUAAAUGCUCCUAUUGUUCUUACCCUGCUAAGACAUGGGCUACUGUAUACCUCUCUGGAGGAUCUAUUUUUAAAUGAAGAGCUAUUUAUAUUUUUUUAAAAAAGCAAGAAAAUCCCAAAUGAAAUUUAAAUAUCAGACACUGCUCUGUAGCGAAGCAGUGUUAGGUGCCUUUUUCUUUUUUAAAGCUGUUGCAAGCUUAUGAGUUUUUUUAUUAUGAAGCCAAUAUCUACCUAAUUAGUGUUGAAUUACAAUUUGGGCUGGCAGGCUUGCCUAUCUGGGCAGCUUGGGGUGGAGGAGCCGAAGGGGGUGGGGGAAAAUACAGCAUUUCUAAAGAGUAUUUUUAACGAUGGAGUAAGCGCUGAGCAACUGUGAAUGAAAAGGCUAGAAUACCUAGCCAGUGGGGCUUUUAAAGAUAGUUGACUGGAGUGUCAUGACCCACUAAGAAGUUUAUUCUGGCCUUGAUUGUUUUUUUUUAAAAAAAAUCGCCUACUCCAUUACACUGAUAAGGGGUUGCAAUUUCAUCACCUCUCUGCCCCCGUUUCCCCCAACAAGCCUGAGCAAUUUCUGGCCUAAAGUUUCUGAUCCUUAAUCAGUUUUGACUGAGCCCAAUGUUCAGGAUUUGGCCCUGAAACUGUUUGGCAGUUCCCAACGCACAUUUGUAAUUCGCCGAAGUGCCAAACCAAUGUGAAUUGAUCUACCUGCUGGGGAACACAUCUUUUACCAGGACUUUGUCUGUUCACUGCCUUUUUACUGACCAACUGAAGCCCCUGCCAGUGACCCUUUAAGAGGUGAUUUAAAAACACAAGGCACUUAAGACUCUUUAUUUUUAAUGAAACUUCCUCAGAUUAGUUUCAAAGCACAUUGGGUUUUUUUGCCUUCCUGUUCUGAACUGACAAGUGAUUUGCAUAACUAGAGCUAUUCCUUCCCAGCCUUUUAUGACUCAAGUUCUCAGACACUGUGCAAUAUAUUUCCAGAUCUUGGGCACUCUGGAGAAGGAAGGGGAUUCCUCUUUGCUGCAGUUUAUUCCCCCACCUCAAUCUUUAAAAAAUAAGAUAAUUGUUUUUGAUGGCUUCCCAUGUGCAAACUUGGGUUCAGGCUUUUGUAGGGUUUUUACCAGCAUUUGAAUUCCUGAACUGGAAAACUUCCCUUCAUACUGGGCAUAUCAUUUAAAGGGCCCAAUGACCUGUGCUUAUCCCUUCCCCCCCCACCACACACACACAGUUUAAUCAUCACUAAAGAGAUCUGACUUGUAAAGCUGAAGUUACAUCACACCAGCUGUAACUUCUACAUCAGCAAAGCAGAAGUUAGAAUGAAGCACUCUAGAGCCUUUUGUCAGCUGAAUUGUGCAAUAUGUUGUAUCGCAAUGAAGGGAAAUACGUGAAAGCUUCUGUACUGUAAAUUUCCCUUCCAAGAAAAGUCUCGGUUCAAAGUGCUGUGUGGGAUCCUUCUUUCUUAUCCUGGUGUCUUGAUGAAAACAUGAGUGAACUACAACGUUCCCAGAACAAACACCGUUUGCUUUUCUACACUCCCUGUACUUGGAAUUUCCCAAAUACUGGUACUUGGUUUGUUCAUCAAUGUGGUGUGAUGAAUGCAGAUCUUAUCUUUAUAUGCUCCACUCCCUUCCUCCUACUAAAAAUAGUGCUUUUGAAAGCCAAAUUCCUACACUACUGUUGUUCCAAUCAUGCCCCUUUUCUAUUCCUUUUUUUAAAGAAAAUCCUACCAAAUUUCAUGCUGUUAACUCUAUGCCAGGGAUUAGUAUUAAGUUUUGUUUGCUUUAAAACCAACCAAAUUCAGACAGAAUCAUUUUUUUGUAGCUUGAUACAUGUAAAAGCUGUGAAUUGAAGCAUGUUCUCUAUUGCCUUCUCAAGCCUGUUGCAGAGCUGAAGAACUGUAUCUUAGUGUCUGUUGGGUUUUCUCCUCUUUCACUUUUUGUCUUUUCUUUUCUAAAAACUGAGCUGGACUGUUGAGCAGGACCUGCUUUGUAUUUGGUGAAAAUGGUAGGAAGUUUGUAAGCUAUUUUUUUGGGGAAGGGGGAGGGAAUAAUACUAAUUGUACAGUAGUGGUUUUUAUAUACAAAAUGUACAGAUACCCUGACAAAUGUACACACUUUUUUUGUUACUUUAAUAAAAAUGUAGCAAUUCAAAAGAA